AUGUCUCUUGAAGAACUUUUCAGGCAAGCUGAAUGCCUAGAGAGUGGACGCAAGAGUGGAACAUUAAAUAGCAUUGGUCUCAAUCAAAUUGGUGGAUUUUUUGAUAAAGUAGCUACAUCAGACGAUUAUUCAAUCGAAGGAAGGCUGUUUUUAGCUCAGAAUGGAGUAGAUUCUGCUAGAAUAGAGAAUAUUAUCAAUUCUAUCAUCGCUGAAGAAAACAAAUCCUCAAAAGAAAACAAGAAUGGCGAUAAAACAUUAACUUAUGAGCAUAUUCACUAUCCACGUCUAGCCAAUCAGCAGGUAGAAUACAUGAGAAUGCAAAAAAUCGAUAAUUUAUGGCAUGAACUCCUUGAUGACGCGCUUGAAGAAGUCACAAAAACAAGAAAAAAUCGUUUGGUUGUAAAUAUGUCAAAAAAUUACUUCCCAUCGGAAACAAGUACAAUUCUUCCUAAUCAAUCCCGUGCAGAAACAUACGCAAGAAAAAUAUCAUCUUUUCAAGAUCCAUGCCAAGUUAUUUCAGACUCGUUAGAUGCAUUAAAGGAAGUAUCUGUUAAUGGUGAACCUAAUGCUAAAGCUCAAUUUGGAUUUUUCAAAGCAUUCAGUUACAUUUUAGAUAAAAACUUCUUUACAGACCCAGAUGAAAUAGGACAUCAAGCAACACUUCCAGAUGGCAUCAGAGCGAUGGUUAAUGGAAGUAUUAAGUUCAUGCAAGAGCAAUUUCUUGAAGAAAAUCUCAAAAAUGCAAAAACACGUGAAGCAAUCGAUUUGUACGUACAAGAUAAAUAUCCAGAUGCGAUGGCACCAUGGGCACAGAUAUGGGUUGCCUUAAGAUCUGGUCUUUACGACGUUGUUUCUCAAAUUGUAGAUCAAUACACAAGAAACAAGAGGAAAUCUGAUUUACUUGAUUUCAUGGAAGCUCUUAAUACCUUUGUCAUCAACAAAACGGAGCUACCAACUCCAGAAGCCCGUCUAAAAUUAUUAAAUGACGUAUCAACAGGAUUGACCGACGAUCCGUUCCGCCAGCAAUGUAUGGUCUUUGCUGUUGGCCAGGAAAUACCAACAAACUCUUCUGUUGCCCUUUCCGCUGAAGAUUUCAUUUUUUCAUUGAUUCAACCACUUCGAUUCACUUCUCCAACGAGUGGUAUUGACAUAUCAUUACUUGCUUCAGUACAAGACACCAUUUACAAUGAAGCAAACCAAGUUUUCCCAGAUUCCGGAUUUAUAUUGCCACUUUUACUUCUUCUUUCACUCAAUUUCGAGUAUUGUGGCCAAGAACUUGCUAAAUGCACCAUCUAUCCAUGCGAAAUCGUCCACGCUUGCAUUGCAUUGAAAUCCGCCAAACUCUGGGACUCUCCAGCGAUCACAAACAUGAUCGGACAGUUUGUGUCCUUCCUUCCGGCCAUUUACAUUGGUCGGGCGGUCGAUUAUCUCUCAUUUGCCGGAGAUCACAAAUUAUUAACAAAUUAUUUGUUGACUAUUGAUCCAUCCAUUGCCAGACUAUCAUUAGAAGGACGAGAAGCAGCCAGACAGCUCAUCCAACAAGAUAUUGCCGAGUCAGUUAUCUCUGUUCGCAGUCUAAAACUUACUUCAAUCAUUGGCAACUUCGAAGACGGAUUCCAAAUUGUUGAAGGCCUCGCAGACGACGAGAUUCUUUCAAAAGAAGACAUUUAUUGUGCUGUUGGCCUUGUCACUGAUUUGAUUGAAGAGUUCCACAUGCGAGGAGAUAUAUUGAAAGAACAGAGGACACAAAGAAUUGCGUUUGGAUUUGCUUUCGCUGCUCUUUCUCUUUCUAAUGAAAUUGGAUUGUCCAAUUUGGAGAAACUCAUUGAAGACUGCGAGAAACUCAACAAGACUGUCUAUGAUGACAACUUGUUUGAAACAAACGCAGUAAACACAGUGAGAUGUCUCUGCCACGUUGCGAAAGUCUAUUCGUACUUGGCAAGAGGAGACACAGAAAGUGCAAUAAGAAUGGCAUCACAACCUCCUCACGUAAUUCCAAUGAAACAGGAGUUCGUGAAGAAGGCAAAGGCAUUUAUAUCUCCACAGUUACUUGAUGCAAGUGAUGUAGAAGUAGCAAGGACAAUGGUUGGUUUUGAUUUGGAUGGAACAGUAAGAGCUGUUUUCGCUGGUUCUAAUGUUGGAAAUGAUGUUUUCGCUCUUUGCGUGAGAAUGAUUGGAGAUGUUGUUGCAAGACUAGCUGCAGAAGUAAAGAGAUUGAACAACAACACUGCUCUACAAGCACUGCAGACAUUCUUAGAAAGUACCAAGAUUAAUCAAUAA